CAGAAUAACGGCAGCCGUCAGUCUAUACAGUGCUACAGAGCGACAAUGUUGCUAAUCUUAAUCGGUUUGGUGGCCGCCGCCGGCGCAGCCCCACGCUUCCCCUUCAGCGAUGAAACAAGCCUGGAAAAUAUGUUCAACGAUGAUAUAUUCAGCAUGAAGAAUUUCUGGCAACAAUUUAGCAGAGAUAUGGCGACACUCGAACAAAGCAUAUCGCAAAUGUCACGAAAUUUACCCCACAUUGUCACAAAGGAGGGAGUCGAGGGUAACGAGUACAAAAUAGAAAUUCCCCUAACUGGCUUCCUGGAAAGCGACAUCUCCGUCAAGGCCAGACCGGGACUACUGAAAGUUGUGGCAAAGCAUAAUAACGGUCCCGGAUCAACCAGCUACUAUAUCACUAGGUCCUUGCCCGCCUUCGUGGGAGCAAACGGUGACUGGACCUACGAAAAUGACAUCCUCAAGAUAGUAUUCCCCUUAAACAAUAGUGCAAAUGAAGGUUCUGAUCAACAAACUGUUGCGCCUAAUCACAGCCGUGAAGAAAUCGAAACAGACAACACAGACAACGGUGCAAACGCUGAUAUUGGGUUGGAUAGAUCAGGACAAGACUCUGAAUUAAUGACCAAUGAAAUACCGUCGAAGAGCCCGGUAGAAGGAACCACUUACUCCGAGGGAUUGAAGGACGAUGUUGAAUUUGUGCCGCUAUCUAGGUACUAAGUUUUGUUAUAGUGAUUCAAAAUUUUAAUAAUAAAAAUUUGAAACAAAAUAUAUAUUGUUAUUCCGUAUAAAAAUAGAAUAUGUGAACAAAGGUUAGUGUUUGUAGUGAUUGUGAUAUUAAAAACAUUGUUUCAAAAGUAA